UCAUCAGAACAAACUAAUGACAACUAUCAAACUUAUGAUCUCUUUUCUUCUACCAUAUUUCCAUAUGGUUGCAUCUAUUACAGCAGACACCCAACAAUCGUGCUUAGAGUCCAUUUGUGGGCGACACAAUGGACAUCUUACCAUCCGAUUCCCCUUUCGCCUUAUAAACAUCCAGCCCGAAUCCUGUGGCUACCCCGGCUUCAACUUAUUCUGUGAUGCCUCUAACAAGACCAUUCUCCACCUCCCAAAUUCCGGUAACUUUUCAGUUCAAGCUAUUGAUUAUCAGAGACAACAAAUCGUACUUAGUGAUCCCGACGAUUGCCUACCUAGAAGACUUCUUUCCGGCCUUGAUUUUUCCCAUUCUCCAUUCCUUUUCAAACAAGAAGAUUACCUUUUUAAUAAUUUUUCCUUCUAUAACUGCUCAGAGAAAAAUGAAAACUAUACCAGUUUUGAACGUAGGGAUAAACUCGGUUGUCUAAGUACAGUCCCUAAUUUUGCUAUUAUUGGAAAAGAUCCUGAUUACUUUGCUUCUUUGUUUGAGUCAUGGUGUGAAGUAAUUAACAACAUAAGAAUUCCAAGUGAUACUGUCGACGAGUUGUCUCGUCUAAGACCACAAUUGUUGCUUGGUUGGGAUAAACCGAGCUGUGGACUUUGCGAAGGGAAUGUUACACGAUGUGCUUUCAAACGUGACACUACUAGUACUCUUGAAACUACGUGCAUUGCUUUUGAUCCUCCAAUUGUAAGAGAGCUUUCAAAGAAUGCACGCUAUGCAAUUGGAUUUUCGGUAGGCCUUGGUGUACCAGCAGUUCUAGUCAUUGCUAUGAUGCUCUAUAAAAAGGCGACCCGAUCUCGUCGUAGAGCAGCAGAUCACAAUAAUGGGAGAACAUCUGUUGACACGAAUUAGCAAGGAUAGUUGUACUCCAUAAUAAUGUACUAUACCGUCGUUAAGAGUUGAUGCUGUCUCUAUAUAGCAAACCUUUGAUGAAGUAUAGAUGUUUGUAAGUUAGUUCUUAUGUUUGUUCAUAGGCUGUAAAAAUUGUAAUGGUCUAAAGUGUUGUCCUCUUGUCAUAUGCAAGUUUUAAGUAAUUUGCUUUGCACGCACAAUUGUAAAUUAAGUGAGCUAAUCGAAUUUGAUACUCAAUUGUAAUUGA